AUGUACGGAGGUUACGGAGGUGGAAUGUAUGGCCGCUCCAUGUACGGCGGCUACGGGGGCAUGGGGGGCAUGGGGGGCAUGUACGGCGGCUACGGCGGCAUGUAUGGCGGCGGGAUGUACCCAGGAAUGAUGGGCAUGGGCAUGGGCAGCAGCUAUGCAGAGAGCAUGUUUCGCAUGACCCAGAUGCUGGAGAUGAACAGCAUCAUGCUGGAGCAGCUUCAGGAGCAUGUGACGGCCACCUUUUACCGGCUCCGAGAUGUGGUGGAGUGGGUAUGGGCCUUGAAGAACUCCGCCACGAAGGAGCUCGAACCCCCCGAGCCCUCGAAGCCGAAGGGAAGCGACCCCAAGGUGUCCGGGCCCUCUGAGGCCAACACUGCUCUAAGCAGCCUGAGCCCCUUCGAGUCCCAGGAGGAGAAGGACAAGGAGCUGGACAGGAUCCGACGCAGACUCAAGGCCUUGCUCGUCCUCUUCGGCUUCUUCCUGUUCCUCAUCUUCCGCGACAACCGGCGGCAACAGAGGCGGCUGCUGAAGGAAAGCCACUGGGUGCCGGGCGGCGGAGGCGUCGCGAAUGCAGCUGCGACGAUCUCGGCGGCGUUGCCAGCAGCUUUCGGCUGA